GAAGAAGUGAAGUAUCAGAGAGACUGUAAUAAAGACUCCUGAAUUUCUGGUCAGAAGGCGCACACGUUUUUCACGGUGUUUGAGAGCGGUAAAGAGAGAGAGAGCAAAUAAAUACUCUUUAAACAUCAGUCGGAGCGUGGUCUCAUCUGUACCAGAAGAAAACCUUCGGGAGCAGCUACAGUGAAAAACGUUGCUGUUUAUGGGAGUGAGUCAGGAAAGAGUUUCGCUAGCGUUUCAGUGAGGAUUGGAAGGACACGUGUUUCGAUACUCCAUUGCCACGUUCCACGGGAGGAUCUGCCUACAAAUCCCAGCAUUCGUUGCACGCGACGUCAGGAGCUUCAACACCCGAUUCAGCGCGAAGCAGGUUUGGCACGCAAUAAGAAGACGGUUUUGAAGUGAAGGGCAGCAACAGAAAGGGAAUCGUUCUAACAUCUUUGGACUAUUCUGUGUACAAUAAGUAAUAACGCUGUUGGGACGUCAGGUUAGGCAUCUUUAAAUUUGGAAAUAUAGUCAUAUUCAUAAUUGUUGAUAUUAACGUUUCUUGUUAUUCAUAUUAUGAAAGUUUUAAUUACGUAUUGUGUCUAAUAUGCUAUUUUGUUUUGUAAGUUGAACAGAAAUGUGUAGAUUGUUUUAUAAUUGAUGCAUAUUUUCAUGAGAAUUCUAUAAUUCACAUUUGAUUGUUUAAUAUUGCAAUGCAGUGCUUAUAAGUUUGUUAGUGAAAAUGGAAGAAGUAAUUGAGGCUUUAGAAAACGAGAAGGCGCAAUUAUAGAAGACAUUAGAAACAGAACUUGAAAAUUCAGAAAGACAAAUGGUUGAAGAGCGCAUAGCUGAAAUUUAUGCCAAGCUUGAAAUACACAGAGUAGGGCUACAGGAGCAACCAUCUGAUGUCGAGCAGCAGGUUAGGCGCUCAGAAAGAGCUAGAUGCCCCACAGAAAAAAUGCUUGAGUUUAAAGAAAAUGAGAUAGCUAGGAAGGAAAGAAAGUUUAUGCUCCUGUAUGUAAAUUUCAAAGCAGAGGUUCAGCUUAUCAGGUCUAAACUCAAGGAAGAAUUAUCCAAAGCUGAGUUAAGUGAAAUGAUUUUGGAUUUGGAAAAAUAUGAGUCAGAUCUGAAAAAGGAAUAUGAGGGUUUACGUGCACUGGCUACCCCGUCUCAAGAUAUAAGAAGAAAAAUGGAUAGCAGCAUCUCAGUAAUUAGUGAAAUAAUGGCAGUUCUGAAAAGGCGCUAUAUGGAAGCAGGUACCAAAAUGUUUGAUGCAGUUGCUGAGAAAGAAACUCUCCUCCAGUUACUCCAAAGAGAAGAAGCCAGGUCGAUUUAUGGUUCAACUGUAUCAAGAGCUGGACGUAGUAGUCAGCAAGGAAGUCACAUGUCAACAAAAAGGGCAGAGGCUGCAGCACGCUUGGCAGCAAAACGGGCUGAGAUUAACAGAGAAAGGGAAAUUUCUAUUCAGAGAAAGGAGGUCCUAGCCCAACAAGAGAGAUUAAAAAUGCUGGAAAAUCAAAGGGAUCUUGAAGUAAUAGAGGCAGAAUACAGUGUUUAUGCUGAAGAGGAAUUAAAGUUGAGUGCCGAAAUGGGAGAUAUUGAAAUAAUAACCACACUGCCUCCAAGUCAGUUUCCAACGCAGCAUGACAACAUUCCUCCUGCCCAAGUUCCUCAAAGCACUUCAGUUCCUGAAGAUAAAACUGAAUCAGCAUCGAAAGAAGCCUUGCUAGUUCAGGCAUUAAGAGAAUCCCUGGUAGUGACUAAACUUCUGGCACCAGAGCCAUUUGUGUUCACAGGGGACCCACUCAAAUUUAUUGAAUGGAGCACCUGCUUCAAGGCCUUAAUUGAAACAAACUGCACAAACCCAGCACAUAGGUUGUUCUAUUUGAAAAGAUACAUAAGUGGAGAAGCACUGAGCGAAGUAGAAGGAAUGUUUUAUAGAAGCGAUGGGGAAGCAUACACGAAAGCUUGGGUUGCAUUGAACAAACGUUAUGGUCACCCCUUUGUAGUCCAAAGAGCAUUCCGAGCAAAACUGAGUACCUGGCCAAAGAUUGGACCAAGAGAAUCUCUUAAAUUGAGAGAGUUUAGUGAUUUCCUCAUCUCAUGCAAGUAUGCAAUGCUGCACAUACAGGGCUUAAAGAUUUUGGAUGAUUGUGAGGAGAAUCAGAAAUUAUUGCAGAAGCUACCUGAUUGGCUAACAACCCAGUGGAAUUGAUAUGUUAGUAAAGCACUGAGUGAUAACAAACCUUAUCCAAGCUUCCAGGAAUUUUCAGACUUUGUGGAAGAGGAAGCGUGCAUUGCAUGCAACCCAAUUUCCUCACUUUAUGCAUUGAAACAUACAGAGGAAAAGCCUGUAAAGGAACAAAGGCAUCUUAAGGCAAGCACCUUAAUGACAUCAACAAAGACAUCUCAAGAUCCAAAAUCCACUUUGAUCCAAGAGGAUAACAAAGAUUCCAAAACUAGCUCUUCCGCCACUCAAAACUUGAGGCAAGUAGAAUGUGUCUGUUGUCAACAAAAUCACUUUAUAUAUAAAUGUAAAAAAUUUGUAGCAAUGUCUUUGGAGGAAAAGAAAAAAUUUAUUGUCGACAACAACAUGUGUUUUGGCUGCCUUAGGGUUGGCCACAUUUCCAAAAAUUGGAAUUUCUGGUCAGAAGGCGCACACGGUAUGUUUAAUUUGUUAUCCUGACACCUGUGUAAUUCAUUAAUUGUUUAAUUUACUAGUUUUAUUGUAUUUUAGUUUUUCACGGUGUUUGAGAGCGGUAAAGAGAGAGCAAAUAAAUACUCUUUAAACAUCA